GAGAAGAGAAGCGGCAAAAUAUUUCCACAUACUAAAUGAAAUAGUCAAUAGAAAAAUGAAAACAAGAAACAGCUGAUAUCAUACGGAUCACUCUCGUUGGUAUCACUCCCCUCAUAUAAUUUUCCAAAUCAUCAUUUGUGACCGAAAAUGGAUCCCUGCCCAUUCGUUCGACUCAUCGUGGAGUCACUAGCCCUCAAUCUCCCCUCCUCCGCCGCCGCCACAUGCUACGCCAAGCUCAAACUCCACAAGUUUCCUUCCCAAACCCUCCCACUCCCAAUCUCCGCCGCCGCAGACCCACCGCCCUCCUCCUCUUCCUCCUCCACAUUCCACCUAGACCCCGACGCCCUCCGCCUCUUCUCCAAGAAGCCUCUCACCACCCUCAAAAUCUCCGUCUUCGCCGGCCGCGCCCCCCGCUCGUGUGGCGUCGCCACCGGAAAGCUAUUCGGCACCCUCAAAUUAUGCGUUAAUCUCACUAAUUCUCGCUCCAGGAGCUGCAUUUACCACAGCGGCUGGAUGAAGCUCGGUGGCGUGGAGGAGGGCGAGCCGGCGGCGAGGUUGCACCUGGUUGUCCGGUCUGAACCGGACCCGCGCUUCGUGUUCCAGUUCGGAGGUGAACCGGAGUGCAGCCCGGUGGUUUUCCAGAUUCAGGAGAAUAUAAGGCAGCCGGUUUUCAGCUGCAAGUUCAGCGCGGACCGGAGUCAUAGAUCACGGUGUGUUCCUUCAGAUUUGAACAAGCAGCAGAGAGGGUGGGGGCGAACAUUUUGUGGCGGGAGAGAGAGAAAAGGAUGGAUGAUAACAGUAUACGAUCUGUCUGGGUCGGCUGUGGCGGCAGCGUCGAUGGUGACCCCGUUCGUGCCGUCGCCGGGGUCGGACCGCGUGUGCCGAUCAAACCCGGGCGCGUGGCUGGUCCUCCGCCCGAGCGGCGUCUCCAUCAGCAGCUGGAAGCCGUGGGGGCGGCUGGAGGCGUGGCGGGAGAGCGGGGGCAGCCUGGGCUACAAGUUGGAGCUGAUGACCAAGUCGGGCCUCGCCACCGGAAUCCCCAUCGCCCAAGGAAGCUUGAGCGUCAGGAAAGGGGGAAGUUUCUGCAUCGACAGCUUGAGAAAGGAGGCGAAUGUUGGAUGUUUCGUGAUGGGGUCGAGCGUGGAAGGAGAGGGGAAGACGAGCAAGCCGGUGGUGCAAGUUAGCGUGCAGCAUGUCGCGUGCGCCGCCCUCUUCGUUGCGCUCGCGGCUGCUGUCGACCUUAGCAUGGAUGCUUGCAGAUUGUUUUCCAGGAAACUCAGGAAAGAAUUCACCCAUGACCACCAAGAAUUAAUGUAAUAAAUUCUUCAUCCACGUCCAAUUUUUUCUAACAUCUCAUUUUUGUGCCAUCGUUUGGUUUCAUUCUUGAUAAUGUUUGGACAUGCUUUUUUUUUUUCGCAAAUGAAGGAUUGUACAUGUACAAAAACAGAGGAAAGAUGGAUUUUUUUCUUU